AGAAGAAGAAGAAAAAAAAAAAAAUCAAAAAAAAAAUCAAAACCUCCAAUUUUUGAUGAUCUUCUUACUUGUUCCAUUCGUGUCCUCCUUCUUGCUCCUCCUCCUCUCAAAAUCCCUGUCUGUCCAGUCCCUGCCCUCAUGGGCAGCUGACAUGAGACUGCUGUCUUCCCUCCUGCUCCGCGAUCUCGGCCUUCAGCUGCUCUGCUUCCUGCAAGACUGCACUCUUGCCGGCGCCGCCGCCGUCAGAAUUCGAUCCCCCGCGAUGCCGUCCCCCAGGAAGAAACUGCAAUCGCGGCCCGACGGCGGCAGAGGGGGCGGCGAAUCGGGCGGUCCGUCGAUCCUCGAUUUGCCCGAGCUGGCCCUCGAAUUGGUUCUCGGGAAGCUGCCGCCCCCCGCGCUCUGCAACGCGGCCGCCGUGUGCGCCGAGCUUCGCGACCGGUGCCGGAGCGAUCACCUGUGGGAGAGGCAUGUGAGGGAGAAGUGGGGGCGGGUGAUCGGCGACGCUGCCCGCCGCGAGUGGCAGCUGCACUUGGCCUCGAAAUCGGCCCAACCGAAGGCAGGUGGCGGGGGCGGCGGCGGCAGCAUCGGCAUCGGCGGCGGCGGGAGGUCGAGGCGGUGGAUCGCCGCGCUCUCCUGCGUCUGGCCGUUAUCCUGGAUUAGGUCUAGUGCCGAUCGCAGCUGCGGCGGCAACAAGCCGAAAAGAAGCGGCCCCUUGCCGGACAAUUCGAUCAUGGCGUGGUACAUGUCGAUGGAGACCGGCAUGUUCUGGUUCCCUGCUCAGGUCUACAACCGCGAGCAUGGGCAUGUCGGGUUCAUCUUGUCGUGCUACGACGCCGAAGUGAGCUACGAUUGCCGCAGCGACACCUUCCAUGCGAGGUACCCGCCGCACGGGCGUCGGACCAUCGUCAUCGAAGAGGGAGUUCAAUGGGAUAGGCUACGGCCGCCCCCCGUCGACACUCCCGCACACGACCUCCACAUCUCGGACUGCUUGAAUGAUCUCCGCCCGGGCGACCACAUUGAGAUUCAAUGGAGAAGGAACAAGGAGUUCCCCUACGGAUGGUGGUAUGGAGUUGUAGGUCACUUAGAGUCGUGCGACGGGAACGAGCAUUUCUGUCGCUGCCAUCUCAGCGAUACGGUCGCGUUGGAGUUCAAUCACUACACACCUGGCUCGCGAUGGAGGCGGGCGUCGGUCAAUCGAAAGGAUCACCGCGAAGGCAACGAAACUGACGGGUUCUACGGCGGCAUCAGGAAACUGCACUGCAAGGCCGAGAUCUCAAAGUGGAGGCAACUUUGGCCGACCGAUAUCUUGGAAUAGAUAAAACAUUGCGUCGAAUCUCUUCAGCGAAUACAUCACGAUAUCGCUCUUCGAUCUCAACACAAAAGUUAAAAAGAUUUAGUAUCUAACUAUGAUCUGAGCAUCAAUGUAUGCCAUGUUGUUAUUUCUCACUCUCUUUCUCUCUCUUCUUUUUUCUUUUUUUUUUUCCUUUUUUUAUAUUUUGGCUGAUUGGGGGGGAGGGUUGUUUAUACAACUCCAGGAACAGGAAUUAUCCACUAUUGUAUUGUUAGAACAGAUUAAAAGCAAAUGUAAAUUACACAAUUAGCUUCUAUUUGAAGAGUAUUUUAGGAGUUCAUCUGAA